UUUAUCGUCUCCUCGUAAGGAUAAAAACUAGUUCAUCUAUAAAUUCAAAGCUUCGAGAAACCUUACAAAGCUGAGAAAUGAUCAACGCGUUUAAGACGAUACGACCACUGCCUUCAGGCACCGUCUCUUUCUUUUCAUCACCGUCUAGAGUUAGCCGCAAAGUUGCAGUAUUUAGUUUUACGACCACUUCUGAUCAACGAAAGAUGGAUAAAAAACCUGAAAAUUCGAAGGAGAAAUACGGUGACGUGAUGUCGCAUUCGUUUGGAGAAGGAUACGCUACAAGGUCUGAUGAAGAAGGUUUUGGAGGAACCUAUGGAGGUAACCAAUCUUUUCAAAAGCACAAAGAUGAGGUUCAUGAGAAUCACCCUGAUUACGACAAAACUCAGGGUAGCGAAGCGAAGGAGAAAGAGAGAGGUAGAAAUCAGACAUAAUCACACCGGAAGGACGAAUGAAUUUUGUUUUGUUUAAUAUUAAGAAUAAUAACAGAGACUUAUGCUCUGUAGACUGAAUUUUCUAUUGCGUUUAUGGACACGUUACCCUUGUCACUAAUGUAAUACUCGUUGAAUGAAAUCUUAAUAGUCUUUGUUGGUGUA